AUGGCCGACGCUGCUGCUGACACCCCUCCUGCGGCUGCUGCCGCCCCGGCCGAGCCUCCUACCAUCCCGGCAGAGGCUCCUGCUGCCCCUGCUCCUACAGCCAGACCAGGCAAGAGGGCAGUCAAGAAUCAGGGCGGAGCCGCCAAGAAGGCCAAGACCAACGCUGCGGCUGCCGCAGCUCCGGCUUCCGCCGCCCCUGCCGCUGAAGCUGCUCCGGCUGGGACUCCUGCCGUGCCGGCUGAGGUAUCUGACGCUCCUGCUGAAGGCCCCGCCACCGCCCCUGCUGUAGCUGCGAAGGCCAAGAGGGCGCCGAGAGCUCAGGGUGCAGCUGCCAGGAAGGCCAAGACCGACACUGCCCCUGCAGCCUCUGCCCCGGCUGAGACUCCUGCUGUUCCCGCUGAGACCCCUGCCGCUCCGGUUGAGGACGUAGCCGCCCCUGCUGAUGUCUCUGCUGCCCCCGCUGCCGCUCCUGCUCCCCCGGCUGAGAACUCUGCUGAGACUGCCACCGCACCUGCUGUAGCUGCGAAGACCAAAAGGGCGCCGAGGGCUCUGGGUGGAGCUGCCAGGAAGGCCCAGACUGACGCUGCUCCUGCCGCCCCUGCUGAGACUUCUGCUGCCCCUGCUGAUGUUCCUGCUGCCCCGGCGACUGAUGCCAAGCCGGCUAAGCGGACUCCCAAGUCCAAGGAGGGAGCUGCCAAGAGGGUCAAGCCCGACCGUCCGCCUACCACGCAGCUGAUCGGCAAUGCCAUCGAGGCGGACAAGAACGUCAAGGGCACCUCGGUGAGGGCCAUCAAGAAGCACAUCAUGGCCAACCACAGCGUGCCCUCGGCGAUGCUGAACCGCAUGCUGCGGAAGGCGUUCGAGGCGGGCCUGUCGGGCGGUCAGCUAGCUCGUCCCAAGGGUCAGACCGAGGCGCGCGUUCUCUCCGGCCGCUACCGGCUCGCCACCAAGGAUAAGACCAAGCCAACCCAGAAGAAGGCUGUGACCAAGUCGCCGGCAAAGACUGUCUCCAACAAGCCAGCCAAGGCUCAGACGCCGUCGAAGGCUGCGGCCGCCGAGAAGGCGACGCCGGUGAAGAAGGUGACCAAGUCGCGCACCAAGGUGAAGAAGAUCACAGCAAAGAAGCCCGUUGCGAAGAAAGUGGCUGCUGGGAGGGUCGUUAAAGCGUAA